AACAGCCGUGCUUCAGUUUUGUUAACCUUGCUUUCACAAAAGGAAAAAUUCAACGCUGUUUGAUGAUUCCUCCUUUCGUUUUCUUAACCUUUUGUGUCAUUUUCAAUCAAUUUAGAGUUGGCCGAGUCCAAUGUUUAUACUUCAAAUUUCUCGUAUUCCAAACAACAAAUCUUAAAUAAUUUAGGUUCCCCAGCAAUGGUUUUCCAGGAAAACUUCAGUGAUCAGCACAUUUAAGUCAACAAAACCUUUUCUUCCACAUUUGCAGCCGAUGCCAAUGUUUUUCGAAUCUAUCUGAAACAGCUUCAGUGUUUUUCCCAUCUUCCUGUCAUGGAUCGGUUUCGGCUUGGUUUCUUCGUGCUAUUAUGUGUUUUCAUGCCAAAGUUCCAUGCUCAACAAAGUUAUUCGGGAAACUCUAUACUGAAGUGUGAUGAAGAUGAUGAAACUGGCCCAUCUUCAGCUCUUCUUUACACUUGCAAUGGUGAAAAGCCAUCCUGUCAGACCUUUCUGAUAUUCAAAGCUUAUCCUCCAUAUGACUCGAUCUCAACCAUCUCGAACCUUACGUCUGCAGAUCCAUUGGAGCUUGCUCACAUCAACAAUAUUUCACUUUCUACAAUCUUCCCUGCAAACAAAGAGGUGUUUGUCCCUGUGAAUUGUUCUUGCUCAGGUCAGUACUAUCAGGCCAACACCUCUUACAUCAUGCCGAAUAUGCAUCUCGAUUAUUUUUCGAUUGCAAACGAAACCUAUCAAGGGUUGUCGACCUGCAAGUCGAUUGAAAAAGAGAAUAGUGAUUCAAGCUUGCAACUUGGUUCAGUUUUACAAGUACCACUUAGAUGUGCUUGUCCCACAAGAAAUCAGACUUUAAAUGGUACUAAAUAUCUAAUGACUUAUGUGGUUGAUUGGGGGGACACCAUCUAUGAUCUCAGUAAUAGAUUCAACACUAGCAUGGAAAGUGUUGGUGAUGCAAAUGGAAUUGAUUUAGAUGAAGCAAUUAUUUUCCCCUUCACAACUAUUCUUAUUCCAUUGUCAACCCAACCUUCAAUCUCUCAAACUAUAAUUCACUCUCAACGGCCACCCUCUUCUUCACCCGUCACUCCGAUAGAUGUGAUCAGACCAAAGAAAAGAUUCAAUGUUUGGAUCACAAUCGGAGUUCCUUUGCUUGCCAUUUUCCUUCUGCUCCUGUUGGUGUUUUUAUAUCAUAAGAAGAAAACAAGUGAGGCUGCUGCAAAAGAUGAGAGAAAGAAAUGGGAGUUACCAAAUGAUGUUCUGGUUAGCAUAGAUCAAAGCUUGAAACUUUAUGACUUCAACGAUAUAGAGGCAGCCACUGAAAAUUUCAGCAAUAAAAACAAGAUGGGUGCUUCUGUUUAUCGAGGUGUUCUUGAAGGAGAAUUGCUGGCUAUAAAACAAAUGAGCAAAGCUGUAGAUAAGGAGGUAUGCUUGCUGCAGAGGAUUAACCAUUUCAAUCUAAUAAGCCUUCGUGGGGCUUGUGAGCACUCUGGUGUUUUCUACCUUGUUUAUGAGUUCAUGGAGAAUGGUUCUUUAAGAAAAUGGCUUCGAAACAAGAGUUGCCAGAAAUUUCAAACAUGGCAUUAUAGGAUUCAGAUUGCUUUAGAUGUUGCUAAUGGGCUUCAUUACCUUCACAACUUCACCACCCCAGCAUAUGUGCAUAAAGAUAUUUGCAGUGAUAAUGUGCUGCUCGAUCGAGAUUUGAGGGCAAAGAUUGCUAACUUCAGUCUUGCACGAUCAGCUGAAAGAGAAGAUAGCAGAAAAUCAUCGAUAUGGAGUUCUCUGGGAACAAAGGGUUACAAGGCACCUGAAUAUGUUGAGUAUGGCUUGGUGACACCUGAGAUGGAUGUAUAUGCCUUCGGGGUUGUUCUACUGGAACUGAUUACAGGAAAGGAAGCUGUUUUUAUGCAGGAUGGAAAGGAAAUACUAUUAUCAGAAGCAAUAUUAACAAUUAUGAAAGGAGAAAAUGCAGAAGCUGAACUUGAUUGCUUAAUCGAUCCUAACCUCAAAGGAUACCUCUGGAUGGAACUUGCACAUCGGCUGUUGAAACUGAGCAUUGACUGCUUGGCAGAAGAACCAGAAAGCAGACUGAGCAUGGCUGAAGUAGUUUCAUAUCUGUUGAGGAUUCAACUGGAUGCACAGCGAUCGGAAGAACCAUUUCCAUUAGAAUGGCAUCAAAAGCAUAAGGUAAAUAAAUGCGAGUAUGUUCGGUAAUCGGCAUUUGAAAUGUA